GUUCUCCGACCUCCAACUCCAAGACGGCACUCCCGCCCCCUCAGACCACUCGCUACAUACAGAGACGAGACAGCCAAAAACCGCCUCUCUCUCGUUGUCUUCUUCCUCCCUCCAAUUCCCCCCCUCUUUCUCCCUCCAAAACCCUAAAACAGUUUCACUGGACUGAAAAUCCCAGAAAUGCCGCCAUCGCUGCCCUCCGUCGAGCUCCCUCCUCCUCCUCCUCCUCCUCCUCGCACGGUGGACCGCCGGAUCUGGCAAUCCUGUGCUGGUUCCUUUGUCCAAAUCCCCUCCGUCAAUUCUAGGGUCUACUAUUUCCCUCAGGGCCACCUCGAGCAGUCUUCUUCUUCGUCUUCAUCGCCUUCUCCUUUCCCUCCUUCCAUCUCCUCUCUCGUCCUCUCCCGCCCUAUGAUCCUCUGCCGCAUUUCCUCCGUUCAGUUCCUCGCCGAUCCUGUCACCGACGAGGUCUACGCCAAGCUCCACCUCCUCCCUCUCGAUCAUCCUUCUUCUUGUUCCUCUUCCCUCGGCGCGCCUUUGCCUCUCUUCCAACAUCCCGAGGAAGACAGGAUUAUGGCCUACGCCAAGGUUCUAACCGCUUCCGAUGCUAAUAACGGCGGGGGAUUCUCCGUCCCGAGGUUCUGUGCCGACUCCAUAUUCCCGCCGUUGAACUACGAAGCCGACCCUCCCGUCCAAACCCUAACCGUCACGGACGUCCACGGGACCCGCUGGGACUUCCGCCACAUCUACCGGGGGACUCCCCGUCGCCACUUGCUCACGACUGGAUGGAGCAAGUUUGUGAACAACAAGAAGCUGAUCGCCGGCGACUCCGUCAUAUUCAUGAGGAGCGCGCAGGGCGAGAUGUUCAUCGGAGUUCGCAGGUCGGCCAGGUUUAGCAAUGCUGCCAAUUUCGCCAGGUGGCGCGAGCAUUUUGGUACCGGGGAGGAGGCCAAAGUCAAGCUCAAGGAGGACGGUGGCGCCAGGACCAGUGCCAGAGGGAUGCUGACACAUGAAGCCGUUGCAGAGGCGACGGAGCUGGCUGCACGGGGUUUGCCGUUUGAAGCUGUGUAUUACCCUAGAUCAUGGUCGUUUUCGGAUUUCGUGGUCAGUGCUGAUGUCGUCGAGGCUGCUCUCGGUAUGUUUUGGUCCGCCGGGACCAGAGUUAAGAUGGCCGUCGAAUCAGAAGACCUGUCAAGGGCUACAUGGUUUCAAGGCACAGUUGCUUCAGCUGUGGUUCCAGGUUGCGGGCCAUGGCAGGGAUCUCCUUGGAGAAUGCUUCAGUGUUUGGGCAUUUUGUGGUCAGCACCUGAAAUGCUGCUAAGGGAGAUUAAGUGGGAUGAACCUGAAGUUCUACAGAGUGCGCAGAGAAUCAGCCCUUGGCAAGUGACAUUUGUUUCAACAAAUUCAUCUUUCCAAUCUGGGAUUCCGGCACCAAAGAAAUUGAGAUAUCCAGACAAGUCCGAGUUGCUGAUGGAUGAUGGAGAGGGAGAUCUCCGCUUUCCUAUGUCAGGACUAGCUAAUUCAACAAUGGGUCCACCAUUGUUGAAUUUCAACAAUUUUCCUGCUGGCAUGCAGGGAGCCAGGCAAAAUGAUACAUUUCCCACCUUUGGUUUAUCCAACUGCGUGACUGAAAAUAGUGGUCUUCAGAUAUCUGGCGCAACUACUUCUUUCACAAAUGUUAUGAUGCCUAAGGUUGGGAGCUUGUCAACUGAGCUGAACAUUGGUAGCUCACAAUCUGACAACUUAUCACCAGACAGUCACAGUAGCAUGCAGUCUUUUGGCACUGAAAUUUUGGGUAAUCAAGGCUGCACUUCUGCAAAUUGUGGCACUAUUAGCUCAUUUCAGCUAUUUGGUCAAAUCAUUCAUUUCAAUCAGCCAGUUGAAAGAAGUUCUGAUGAUGUAAGCUGCAUGGAAGAUCAAAAUGCUGAAGACUGCACCAAAGAUGGUCAGAGUGUUAACCAUCUCCUCGACCUGUCAUUGGCUUCCUCUUACACUGAACUUCUCAGUCGGAUAGAUGUCCAGUACCAAAGAAGUGGAGCUGUUGACGCAUAUGAACGAGUCAUCGUGUAAUUGAUGUCAAGCCGCCAUAUGAGUAGCUGUACAGGUGAAGUUUGUUUCCUACUUCAGUCGUCUUAUAUCACAUUGAAUCUACACUGGUUCCGCACAUAGUUAAUAAAUAACGCUCGUUAACUGGAGGACUAUAAUCUAAGCUGUUUUUUUUUUAAAUCUUUUGGUUCUUUACACUGUUCUUUUGUCCCCUGAUUCACCAAAAUCCGAGGCACAAUUGCAGGCCAUAACUAGGGCAUUUGAGCAUUUGUCAUUUUCUUUUUAGUAUCGUGUAGAUUGUCAAGUUACUUCUUCCAUACCUCUGAAUCCAUGCGUUGGAGUAUGAUGGAUGGAACUCUCUUGUUGUAAGUGAUUGGUCUCGUUGUUAACGUCACAAUCUUUUAUCAGAAUCAUCAGCUAGGUUUUAUAUGUGUGUUUUCGUUGAGGCUAAUGCGCAUGGGCUUUUUAACUGCUUGGUUCUCCUAUUACUUGUCUUGCUAAUGCCACCAUUCUUAUGAACUCACUAUGGCAGGUAUGAUUGAUCCAGCGGGCGGGCAGGCAGGCAGGCACUACCUCUGGCAGUAGUAACUGGUGUACGAACGGGGACUCCAAGCUUUCGCUUCCUUUUCUUUUUCGACCCUAAUCGAUCCACUAGCUGUAUGCAGACACUUUGAGGGACUGAUACAUUUGCUUAACUACAGUUGGAUACAGCAGGUUAUGCGUGUUUGUUUGUUCAAAACAGGAAGUAGUAUUGUGUUGUUGGUCUGUUUAUUGAUGUGGUUCCUUUGUACAAGUGCUGCCUCCCCUUUCGUUUAUCAGACUUUUCUCUCGAAAGGAGGACGAGGUCGAGAGGGUUAAACACAAACCCUUCUAUCAUGUUGGCUGAAUUUUACUCUUUUUCUAGUCUGGCACAUUGAGGAUGAAGAAGGAUUUGGAUUGCUUAAAAUUUAG